AGUUCCGCUGAGGCGUGGUAGGAAGUGGUAGCCGUCAAUCACGAGGGGAGACUCCAAACAGUGAGCCUUGAGCUGGAGAACAGCGUUUACCGGCGGGGCGGCCGGUUUAGUGAAUGAAGCUAUGGCUACAGAUUCUCCCAGAAGACCCAGUCGUUGUACUGGUGGAGUUGUGGUUCGCCCCCAGGCUGUCACGGAGCAGUCCUACAUGGAAAGUGUUGUGACUUUUCUACAGGAUGUUGUACCACAGGCUUACAGUGGAACACCUCUGACAGAAGAAAAGGAGAAAAUAGUCUGGGUCAGAUUUGAAAAUGCAGAUUUAAAUGAUACAUCAAGAAAUCUGGAAUUUCAUGAAAUACACAGCACUGGGAAUGAGCCGCCUCUGCUGAUUAUGAUCGGCUACAGUGAUGGAAUGCAAGUCUGGAGCAUCCCAAUCAGUGGGGAAGCGCAGGAGCUCUUUUCUGUUCGACAUGGCCCCAUUCGAGCGGCUAGAAUCUUGCCUGCUCCACAGUUUGGUACUCAAAAGUGUGACAACUUUGCUGAAAAAAGGCCCCUCCUUGGUGUUUGUAAGAGCACUGGAUCUUCUGGCACAAGUCCACCUUACUGUUGUGUAGAUCUAUAUUCACUUCGUACUGGUGAGAUGGUCAAGUCUAUUCAGUUUAAAACACCUAUCUAUGAUCUCCACUGCAACAAGCGGAUCCUCGUUGUAGUCUUGCAGGAGAAAAUUGCUGCCUUUGAUAGCUGUACUUUCACAAAAAAAUUUUUUGUCACAAGCUGCUAUCCUUGCCCAGGGCCCAAUAUGAAUCCUAUUGCUCUUGGGAGCCGUUGGCUUGCUUAUGCAGAAAACAAGUUGAUUCGAUGUCAUCAGUCCCGUGGUGGAGCCUGUGGAGACAACAUUCAGUCUUAUACUGCCACAGUCAUUAGUGCUGCUAAAACUUUGAAAACUGGUCUGACAAUGGUCGGGAAAGUAGUGACUCAGCUGACAGGCACGCUGCCUUCAGGUAUGACAGAAGAUGACGUUGCCCUCCAUAGUAAUUCAAGGCGGAGUCCUCUGGUUCCAGGCAUUAUCACAGUAAUUGACACUGAAACCGUUGGAGAGGGCCAGGUGCUUGUGAGCGAGGAUUCUGACAGUGAUGGUAUCGUGGCCCACUUUCCUGCUCAUGAGAAACCAGUGUGCUGUAUGGCAUUUAAUACAAGUGGAAUGCUUCUAGUUACAACAGACACCCUUGGCCAUGACUUUCAUGUCUUCCAAAUUCUGACUCAUCCUUGGUCUUCGUCACAAAGUGCUGUCCAUCAUCUGUAUACUCUUCACAGGGGAGAAACUGAAGCCAAAGUACAAGACAUCUGCUUCAGCCAUGACUGUCGCUGGGUUGUGGUCAGUACACUCCGGGGGACUUCCCAUGUUUUCCCCAUCAACCCUUAUGGUGGCCAGCCUUGUGUUCGAACACAUAUGUCACCACGAGUUGUGAAUCGUAUGAGCCGUUUCCAGAAAAGUGCUGGGCUGGAAGAGAUAGAACAAGAACUGACAUCUAAGCAAGGAGGUCGCUGUAGCCCUGUUCCAGGUCUAUCAAGUAGCCCUUCUGGAUCACCUCUGCAUGGGAAACUAAACAGCCAAGACUCCUACAAUAAUUUUGCCAACAACAACCCUGGCAACCCUCGGCUCUCUCCUCUCCCCAGCUUGAUGGUAUUGAUGCCUCUUGCACAAAUCAAGCAACCAAUGACAUUGGGGACCAUCACCAAACGAACAGGGCCUUAUCUGUUUGGAGCGGGGUGUUUUUCCAUAAAAGCUCCAUGCAAAGUUAAACCACCUCCACAAAUUUCACCCAGUAAAUCAAUGGGCGGAGAAUUUUGCGUGGCUGCAAUGUUUGGGACGUCCAGAUCGUGGUUUGCAAAUAAUGCAGGUCUGAAAAGGGAAAAAGAUCAGUCCAAACAAGUUGUCGUUGAAUCUCUCUACAUUAUUAGCUGCUAUGGGACCUUAGUGGAGCACAUGAUGGAGCCACGACCACUCAGCACUGCCCCCAAGAUUAGUGAUGACACCCCACUGGAAGUGAUGACAUCACCUCGAGCCAGCUGGACUCUGGUUAGAACUCCUCAAUGGAAUGAAUUGCAACCACCAUUUAAUGCGAACCACCCUCUGCUCCUCGCUGCCGAUGCAGUCCAGUAUUAUCAGUUCCUGCUUGCUGGCCUGGUUCCCCCUGGAAGUCCUGGGCCCAUUACUCGGCAUGGGUCCUAUGACAGUUUAGCUUCUGACCAUAGUGGACAGGAAGAUGAAGAAUGGCUUUCUCAGGUAGAAAUUGUAACGCACACUGGACCCCACAGACGUCUGUGGAUGGGUCCACAGUUCCAGUUCAAAACCAUCCACCCCUCAGGCCAAACCACAGUCAUAUCAUCUAGUUCAUCUGUGUUGCAGUCUCAUGGCCCAAGUGAUACUCCACAGCCCCUUUUGGAUUUUGAUACAGAUGAUCUUGAUCUCAACAGUCUCAGGAUCCAGCCGGUCCGCUCUGACCCAGUCAGCAUGCCAGGGUCAUCCCGUCCAGUCUCUGAUCGAAGGGGAAUUUCCACCGUGAUUGAUGCUGCCUCAGGUGACGAAAACCCCAGGCAUACUUGUACCUUAAGUAUUCAAAGCCUAUGUGGGAUCAGUAAGAGGAUUAUGGAUGAGGAUGAAAUUAAAAGAAGGCUUAGUCGUGAACUGUGAACAGUCCCUCAGAGAGGAAAAAGGAGGAUGUUAGAAGAUGAAAUUCAAGUUAACAAUGUGGAAAAUUUUAGCUCAGCACAAUUAAGAAAAAAAAGUGCCCCACUUGAAGAUGAAGAAAUUGUAAACAGAAGUAGAAGAAACUGUUGGGAAAGCUUUUUUCUGCUGACACAUUGCUUCUUUGAAUAAAUCUUUGUGUCAACUAAAACCUCGCCUUUGCUUUCUCUAUUGCAAGCACCAAGUCCUUGACAUGACUUUAAGUCUUUCCUAAGCAUUUUGAGAAGGAAUUGAUGGAAUUCUCCCUACUGUUGAUAUACCGGGGUGCCACAUAUUUACAAGGGGCUUUUUGGCCAAAAGACCCAACUUUCCUUUUUUGUACCUUUAUUACUACAUCUUUAAUACAAGGCUGGACUGUUUAUGCAGUCUGUUGCCUGAGACUGUGGUGGCAGAGGGACAAUAUUGGGGGCAGUAUUAGAAUUUGUUUAAGUCUGAACCGGGAAUUCCAUUUGUCUUAGUGACGUUAGUGUCAAACUGUUAGUGCCACGCUAUUUUAAAUUGUGUCCAAGAGCCUGAGAGGCUUAUGCUUAUAGGUGCCAUCUAUAAACUUAGAAAGAAACAAAAGAGUCUCUUUCCAUUGAAUAUAUAAGCCCAGUGAGCAAUUAAAAAGCAGCCUGGGACCUCACCCGGGCAACUAGUCGGAACCAGAGCUCAUGAUAGUCCCCUGGAUAUUGUUGAAAACUGUCAGAGAAAAGCUAAAGCAAAUAAUCGAAGUGAAAAUAAUUGUUCCCAGGAAAAAGUCUUGUUUUGUAAGGUUGGUGUAGUGUAAAGAAUAGAGACUAGUAACUUGUGAAUCUUUGGCUCUGUUCUCAACUUUGCCUGUAAUUACCUGUUUGGGAAAUUGCUUCAAAACCCAAGACUUUUCUACCAUAAAAUGAAGGAAUUGAAGUAGAUUAUUUCCAAAGCCUCUUCCAGCUUGAGAAAUUGAUAAACUUGUACUUUGGAUCACCUUUGAAGAAUUUUUAAAAAUCAGGGUAAAAUUUAUAUGUAGCAGAAAUGUACAUAUCUUAAUCAUACAACUUGAUGAAUUUUUACACCUAUGUAUAUCACUACUCAGAAUAAAUUAGAAUAUUUACAUCAUUCUAGAAAGUUCCUUCAUGCCCCUUCCAGUCACUACUACCUUUGAGCUAGAGAUGACCACUAUGAGUUUUAUCAUCAUAAAUUAGUUUUACCUAUAUUAAACUUUAUAGAUACUUUUUUGUGUCUGGCUUCUUAAUGGUUUUGAGUUCAUCCAGGUGUUACAUGUGUUACUAGUUCCUUUUUUUACAUUGCAAUGUAGUACAAAUAUAACACAGUUUAUGUAUCCAUUGUCCUGGGAGCCUGGGUGGCUCAGUUGGUUAAGUGGCCGACUUCAGCUCAGCUCAGAAGCCUGGAGCCUAAUCCAGGUUCUGUGUCUCCCUCUCUCUCUGUCACUCCUCCACUCACAAUCUCUCUCUCUCUCUCUCUCUCUCUGUCAAAAAUAAACAUUAAAAAAAUGCUUUUAUAUAUCCAUUGUCCUACUGUUUUCUGCUUUUAGCUUAUUAUGAAUAAAGCUUGUAUAAACUUUAUUGUACAAGCCUUCUUUUUUGACAUAUGCACUUUUUUUUUUUUUUUACAUAUACAUGCAUAUAUUUUGAGCAUAUACCUAGGACUGGAAUUGCUGGCUCAAGAAGUAGGCAUGUCUUUAGCUAUAUUAGGAACCUCCAAGAAGGUAUUCCAAAAUGACUAUGCCAUUUUUCAUUCUUAGAAAUGUAUGAGCCAUUCUUGUAAAUGUAAACGGUAGUUUCAAUUUGCUUUUCUCUGAUGAAUAUCAAUACUGAGUACCUUGAAUAUACUUUCUGGCCAGUUGGAGAUCUUCUUUUGUAAUGUACUUGUGAAGUGAACUUUUAUGUGGUCUGUUGUCUUAUUGCAUUUAAAUUCUUUAAAUAUUUUGGAUGUAGGUCUUCUGCCAUAUUUUACAAAUAUUUCCUUUUAGUUUAUUGCCUUUUCACUUUCGUAUUGGUGGUUUUUGACAGCCAGAAAUCCAAUUUUUCCACUGUUUUUCCUUUUAUGUUUUGUGUUUUAAACAAAAAUUUUUCCCCAUUCCACCCAGUCUUGAGUGAUGCUUUUCUCUAGUAAUUGUAUAGUAUUGGCUUUUGCAUUUGGGUAUAUGAACCUUUUCAAAUUAUUUUUUAUCAUGCUAUAAGGCAAAGAUCAAGGUUCAGUUUCUUCCAUGCAAUUUCUUCUGGCACUAUUUAUCAAAAAGAUACUUUUUUCCUCCAUUGAAUUUCAUUGCUGCCUUUUUAAAAAAUCCAUGUUUUUCCUGGAUUCUCUAUUCUGUUCCUUUGAUGUGUGUGUGUGUGUGUGUGUGUGUGUGUAUCUGCCUUUACACCAAUAUGAUACUGUUUUAAGAUUGUAGCAUUUUAGUAAGAGAUAUAGCAGUUUAAUAUCUUCAUUUUUGCUUUUCAUGUCUGUCUUGGCUACUCUAGAUUCUUUGCAUUUCCAAACACAUGUGUAUGUAUAUACAUACCAGUAAUUCAUGGUGUGGUCCACUGACCUAUGGAAGUCCCCAAGACACUUUUAAGGGAUCAGUGCUUGAAAGCUAUUUUUAUGGUAAUAUGAAGUGAUUAUUGGCCUUUCUUUUUUAUGCUGUGUUGAUUAAGUACAGAUGAUGCGGAAGCAAUGGUUGAUAAAACUGAUGGCAUCUUAGCAUAGUGAAAGCAGUGGUACCAAACUAUGCUUGUAGCUAUGGGUACUCACUCAUAGUUUAAAAAAGCUACAAUUACUUAAGAAUGUCUAUGAUACAGACAAAAUCAUUGACAUGUGAAAAUUUUAUUCAAUUUUGCUGCUUGUAUACUUCUUUUUAUUAUUCUAUAUAUCACAGUUGAAUUAAUGAAUGAUAGUUGUCUUGACAAAAUGCACUUGUGUGAUUAUUGUGAACUGAACUAGCAACUAUUUUCAUGGAAUACUAUUUUAUUAGAAAGAACAACUGACAAACUUUGUUUAUUCAAACCUGGGUAUUUGGCAAAAAUUUUCUCAAAAAUAAAAUAGGCCUGCCACUUCAAAGAAAACAACUGACAAUAUUUGUUACCAAUGAUAAAACUCAUUUUCAAUUAAAACUUAGAAAAUUGAAAAUCAUAUAUCCAUGUAUCUACCACUAUUUAAUAAGCUCCCAAUACUUAAAGACAUUUCUGAUGAGAUAGGUGGUGAUAUUAACCAGUGUGAUAUUUUUAUGUCAUAUAAUAAUAUAAAUCCACAUUUGGAGAUCCGAAAUAUUUUCUGAAAGACCAAUUUUAUUAUAUUACAAAAGUAUGUAUGGUUAAUGGACUCAUUCCAAAUGUAAGAAAGGACAAAGGAUUUUCAUGUAACAGACUACAAAAGUUAAUUGAUAUCGUUUCAAUUAACUUGUUAAGGGUCGUCUCAAAGAAGAAUAUUCUAAGAAUCUGAAAAGGCUCAGGAUCUGAAUAUGCUCUAUCCUUCUCCAGUUACAUUUUUGAGUGAGGCCAACUUGUCUUCACAUACUCAACCAAAACAACAUAUCACAACAGAUUGAAUGCACAAAUUGAUAAGAGAAUCUACCUGUUGUUUAUUAUAAAAGUUUCUGUCCAAAAAAGUAAAAAUUACAUUCUUCUCAUUAUUUUUCAGUUUGGAAAUUUUGAACAAAAAAUAUCACUUAUGUUAAUACAUAGAGAGUUUCUUGUAUUUUAAUGAGUUAAUACAUAAAUGUUUUCAAUGUUGAUAGAUAUAAAAUACAUAAACCUUUUGUGCUCUUUGGAAACCUCAAUUUUUAAGAGCACAAAAGGGUCCUGAAUCAAAAAAUGUUUGAAAAUCACUGAGAUAUAACUAUAUCCUCAUAUACAUACACAUUAAAUGUAUAAUCAUCUCUACAGAAAUUUAGAUGAGAUUUCAUUGGAUCAAAUUUUGGAGAAUUGACAUCUUAAAAAUAUUCAGUCUUCCAACACAUGAACAUUUUAUAGCUCUCCAUUUAGUUAGGCCUUUUUAAUUUCUCCUACUACUGUUACAUUUCAAUGUAGAAGUCUUAAACAUAUUUUAUAAAAUUUACUUCAAUUAUUUGAUGUUUUGAUGCUAGUAUAAAUAGCGUAUUGUGUUUCAUUUUUCAGACUUUUUUUCAUAGCAUAUAGACUACAUAAUUUUGUUUGUAUGUUGAACUUGUAUCCAGAAACCUCUUUUUUUUUUAAAUCUUCAAGUUUUUAUUUAAAUUCCAGUUAGUUAACAUAUAGUGUAAUAUUAGUUUCAGGUGUAGGAUUUGGUGAUUCAUCAGUUACCUACAACACCCAGCACUCAUCACAAGUGCCCUCCUUUCUAAAUUCAUGUAUUCUAAUAGAUUCCUUUGGAUUUUCUACUAUGUAGUCAUUGAUCUGCAAACAAAGAUGGUUUUCUUUCUUUCUCAUCUUUAUACCUUUUAUUUCUUUUUCCUCUUUAUUGUACUUGCUUAGACAUUCCAGCUAAAUGUUGAAUAGAAGUGAAGAUAUUGAACAUUCUUGUCUUAAUCUUAGAAAGAAGUUUUUAAUAUUUCCGUAUAAUGUUACAUGUAAUUUUUAAAAUGAAAACCUACAUUUGAAUAUUAUUUCUUUAUUGGAGUGAGGAAUAGAUGGGCAAAAUUCAUAAAAGAAUCAAACUGACAUUCUAAAACUGAAAAAUAUACCUUAAAUAAAUAAUUUGUGGAAUGGGCUUAAUAGUUGACUGGAUGCAGAAGAAAAGGAUCAGAGACUCAAAAACAAGUCAAAAAUUAUCAGACUGAAGCACAGAGAGAAGAAAAUAAUGAAAUAAAACAACUCAGUGUGAGAAGUAUGUGGGGUAAUAUUAAACUGUCUAAUGUAUGUGGUUGUUACACAUGGAUGACAAGGAGGGAAAGGGCAAAAAAAAAAAAAGUGAAUGGCUGAGAAUUUUCCAAAAUUACUUAAAGACCUGAACUUUCAAAGUUUCAAGAAGCUCACUAUACCCCAAGUAGGAUAAAAACAAAAUCACAUGAAGGCAUAUCAGAGGCAAACUGUUGAAAUCCUUAAAUCAUGAAGCAAUUUUAAAAACUCCACUGUAUUUCUUUAUUUCUUGGGUUCAUAUUUGGGUGAGAGUUUAGAGUUAUGACAAAAUUAGGGUGAUUCUUAAGUUUCUUUGGCAGUAUGAGAUCCCCAUCUCCCAGAGAUCUAUGAGGAAUCUUUAGGAUAUUCACCAUUAGAUAGAAGUAAAAGAUAUGGAAAGCCAGUAUUUAUUGAUAAACAGCUCUGUGCCCAACACUGUGCUAGGUGCUUUUACAUGGCUUAUCCCACUGAAUCAUAUUUAAUUAGGAUCACAGGCCCAUCUCAGAAAUAUGCAAAGCGUGGGACCUAAGACACCUAGCUCCUGAUACUUAGAAUUACUUAAAGUGCAUUAUGGUGACACCUCAGAUAAGUCCAAAUCUCCUUUUACCCUGACUGAUCAAAUAUUCAUUUCAAAACACUGUAUGCUGAAAUGAGUCACAUGGGAGUUGAAGAAAAUCAACUAUUCAGGUGGUGAAAAUGUGUGAAUGCAGCUGGCAGAUGAAGUUCCAGUAUGAUGAAUUCCCAACUUGUCCUUAUUGCUGCAGGCAACAACUGACAGGCCUGACUGGUCAUUGGCUUUCCAUUUCUGGCAUUGAUAGGACUGAAAAUUCUUCGUGUCACAGAUACUUAAAAGCUGUCCCUGUUAUAGUGGAUACAAACAGUGCUGGAGGGUCCUUAUUGCAUAGAGAUGUAAUCAAUAUGGUCUAGAGUUCUUGACCUGAACCUAUAAUUAUCUGGAUGUUAUAAAGGUAGCUUGUUGUUACAGAAAAUGCUUAUAUUCAGAACUUUGGGACUAAGUUGUGAAUGGAGAGAAGAAAAAUAGGAGCUUUGUCCCUCUUCCUGUAUUUCACAGUAUUUAGGAAGCUAUCAUAGUAAUCACAGAACAGAGUAUUCUUAUAGGAUUAGUAGAACAUUGUAUCAUCAGGCUUUGGGGUGCUGAAGUUUAAAUCUUACCUCUGAUGCGAUCCUAAUCCCAGAAAAAGUUGUGACUUUAAUGUUUUGCAGCUUGUGGCUAUGAUUGUUUUGAAUGCCAAAAUAGGGGGGGGGGGUUGUUUUUGUUUUUUUUAUUGAGCCAAAUUCCUGGAUUUGAAGUGCAGCUUUAAAUAAUAAUACAUUUUGAGUUUGCUAUUUUCCUGCUGCUAAGAGUAUGGUGAAAAAAGCUGGGUAAGCAUACAUUACAGCAUCUGUGAUCCAUGGGCAGGAGUGAGCAGAAGGAGAUGACACUGGUAGCAGUUCUUAAGUCAUUGUUUGUACUGAUGUGUUUAAGUAUAUUGUGAUCGAGAUUAAUUUGCCAUUGAAAAUAGUGGGGGAAAAGGCACAGAAUGACUUAACAGGAGAUGUGAAUCCUGAUUCCUCUGUUACUGCUUGGUUUAACAUAACUCUGGAUGGCAUUAUUAUUGGAUUACCCUAUGGAUAGGAUGCCUUGAAAAAGAGGGGGAAAGUAAUGUUUUAUAGUAAAGAGCUCUUUAAGAACAAGAGCUGUCUUUGUAGGUCUCAUGCCUGGUAUUGGUGCUUGUCAUGGAGCAGAUAAUCAAUAUUUGUUGCAUUGUUGAUUUCUGAUAGAACAUAAGGCUUAAAAUAUACCAUAAACUGAUUAAAAUUUAAUAACAUUGCAUCUUUGUAUCUACAUUACAUCACUUACACCCAGAAAAUAUGAUCUUGGCCUAGAGUUCUUUAUUAGAGUUGCCCUUAGGUUUAUUGUCACUAUUUCUUUGUUUGGGCCCUUAGUAAACUGUGUUAUCAGUAGGAAUAUUUUUUUUUUUUUAUUUUUUUAAUAUUUUUGAGAGACAGAGAGAGACAGAGCAUGAGCAGGGGAGGGGCAGAGAGAGAGGGAGACACAAAAUCUGGAAGCAGGCUCCACACUCCGAGCUGUCAGCGCCGAGUCUGAUGUGGGGCUCAAACUCACUAAUUGUGAGAUCAGGACGUAGGCUGAAGUCAGACGCUUAACCGACCGAGCCACCCAGGCACCCCCAGUUGGAAUAUUUUUGCAGAGCAUUUCAAAUGAUCUUUCAUGUCAUUUUUUAAAAGCAGCAUUAUGUUUAAGUAGUUUGUUUCUCAUCUUUGAUAGCUUUUACAUAAUCAGAUAAUAAAAAUAAGGGAAUUAUGGCCCUCAAAUCAGUUGUGUUUUUGUAGUAUUAGGCUUGCAUAGGAAUUUGUGUUUUAAGGUUAUCUUUACAAAGCAUUCACUAUAGCAAAUUCCUGCUUUCUGGAAUCUUCUCAAGCCUGGAAAACUGAAAGCAAUGGACCUGCUUUUGUUUUCUGGUCAUACUGGGCUAAUUUUCAGACAUACCAUUGUAUGGUUAUUUAGGGCUGUCUUUUAAGCUUGCCUGUCUUAUACAUGAACCCAGGAUAUUAGCAUUUAGGGAUAUCUGACCUAAAUUCCAUUAAACCAAAAUAAUUUCUUGAAGAAUUGCCACCAUUUUUGUAAUGUCAUUGCAGUUCAGUGACUUGUACUUAUGCUCCAGGCAGCCCUGUGAGACUUGGUAUCUUGAGUCUUAAACCUGUUUUACUUUGUUUGAGCUAAGAAUAUUGGAAAGACCACAAUUAUUCUAUAAAUGCUCCAUGUUAAGAUUGGAGAGAAUACCAAAGUUACACUUGAAACUUUAAUUGAAUUCCCGUUAGUAAUCCCUUUUUUAGAUGCGUUUAUAUACUUUUCAGAUGAACAAUGUUUGCAUGAUUGGGAAGAGAAAAGACUUUCAUUUCACUCUUCUGUUUCUCUCUACCUAAAAAGGACACUUACAGCAUCCAUACUAGUCCCUUUGACAUUCUCCUAUUGGGCUGACCUUUCCUAUGUUAGAAAUUUUUAGCCAUGAGUGAAUGCCUUUAAAUAGAGUAUUUAUAGCCAUGGUAGGAUCCUAAUUCCCGGAGUCAGAGGGCCUAAACUAGAGAGAUCUUAGUAAAAUUUUGGUAUGGUGCCUGAAACUUUUCAUUUGCCUUGAAACCUGUUCUUAAUUUUACUCUUUAUUCCAAUUCACCCCAUUGAUUAAAUUAAUUGCUUUCUCCGCUGUUCUUAAACUUUUACUGUUGUGUUUAUCACCUCAUAUUAAAGUUAGUUGGGAACCAUUUCCCAUUCUAGACUGUGAGCUCAUCUUUGUGCUCCCCACAGCACCCUGAAUGGUUCUGACCCAUAAUAGGCACUCAAUAAAUGUUAAUGAAUUCAACAUUUCAGCAUGAAAUAUUGAAACCAAAUUUUUGCAUUUGACUAGAUACAGUAGUUGCCUUUUAGGAAGGGAACUGAGUGGCUAGGGAACAGAGAUAAAAAGGAGACUUUUUUUUCAAUGUAGUCUUUUAGAACAUGUGUAUGCAUUAUCCACAAAACAUAAAUGAAACUGUUUAACACCUAACAUAUUUUUCAGUAUUUGAUAGGUUACCAUUGCAAGUUGUUUGUUUGUUCAUUUACAUAAAUGAAGAAACUGAGGUUAAGGGAUGUUAAAUAACUUGUCUGUUGUCACAUAGCUAGUAGGCAGCAGAGCAAAGAUAUGAUUCUGUGAAACCUUCACUUCUUCCAGGGUAUUAAAUAGCAUCUUGGCCACAAUAGCCUGCCUUGAUUUCAUUCAUAUGAUUAGCAGGUGUUAUAUCUGACCUAGGAACUGUCUUUAUUUAUUUAUUUAUUUAUUCAUUUAUUUAUUUAUUUAUUUAUUUAUUUAUUAAGAGAGACAGAGCACAAGUGUAGGGAGAGGGUCAAAGGGAGAGAGAAUCUUAAGAAGGCUCCACACUUAGCCUGAUGCAGAGCUUGAUUCCACAACACUGGGAUCAUGACCUGGGCUAAAAUCAAGAGUUGGGUACUCAAUCAACUGAACCACCCAGGUGCUCCUAUUCUUUAUAGCAUAUAUUGUGUACAUCAUAGAAUUCUUCAACUACAGCCUUUCCACUCUUAGGUGGCACCUCUAUUUUAAGGAGCCAUUGGCCAGACCUCUUUGAUAAGGUUUUGAUGGCUCACGUAGGUAUUCCUGCUGCUGACAGAGAAACUCUUACUCUUUAAGCAGUAAAUAUUUACUUUCAGCUAGGAAAGCCACUAUCAAUCAGGUAAUGUUUUCUGAAGCUGAAAAAGGCAUUCACUAAAGAAUGGUGAUUGCCCAAGGUCACUUUCUUUUCCAUCUGCUUGUGGGCAAAUGCACACUAAAAGAAUACUAGUGUUUGAAACUCACAAUUUAUUCUGUAUUUGGGGGUAGGGGAGAGGGAGGCAAAGUGAUGAUAUUUCUCUUAGAAAUAUUUUUAAUUGCUUUUUCAAAGUAUGGAUUAAAGCAUAAAAGAAGCCAAAAAUGUCCUGAUACUAAAUGGACUGGACACCUUGAUCUUUCAUGGCAUAAUAUAUGAGUGGGGAUUCCCAAAGGACCUUUGUACACUACAAUAUUUAUUACUAUAAAGAUCUAUGAGUUCUUAGCCACUUUGAAACUUAUAAAAGCUGUUCACAUCCCAUCCACUGGACUUGUGUUUUCACAUGUUUAAGUUAUUCUUGUUUGUUUUGUAUAGUUUAUUCAGAAAUAACUCCCCACUUCAAAUUCUGAAAAAUAAUAUCUGGCCCUUUAAUAAAGGUGGAGAAAAAAAUUCAACUCGGGUAUGAAAGUGUACGUGAGAGAGAAAUGUAUUUGCUUGCUUUUCCUGUCCAUUAACGCUUGGGAACUACAGGAUCUUUAACCAGCCCAUUUAUGCCUCUGUUUUCUCAUCUGCAAAAUGGCAACUAAAUAUUUGCCUUCUAUUUGGUUGACAUAAACAAAAUACUAACAAACCCGAAAGGCUCUGGAUUGAUACCUCUGUCAGCUCCUGCUGUCGAAGGUGGAAUUUUCACUUGUAGUUUGUUCAUUGUUAUUUCAAGAAUAAACAUUAUGGCUUGUUCUUGGUUUAUUAUGGUUUAUUUUUAACAUUAUAGUCUUGGGGCACCUGGCUGUCUCAGUCGGUUAAGUGUCUGACUCUUGAAUUCAGCUCAGGUCAUGAUCUCAUGGUCCAUCGGAUCAAGCCCUGUGUUGGUCUCUGUGCCGACAGCAUGAAGCCUGUUUGGGAUUCUCUAUCUCCUCCUCUCUCUGCCUCUACCCUGUUUGCAUGUGCUCUCUCUCUCAAAAUAAAUAAAUACGCUUAAAAAUAAAACAAAAACAAUAUAGUCUUAAGAAUAAAAAAAGAAGUUACUAAGGAACGUUAAUGAAUAUAAAACCACUAACAUGCACAAAAAUAGCUAUAUGCAAACUAGUAGGUGUCCUUGACUGAGACAAAAUUAUUCUGAGGUGGUGAUCAUGAAAAUUAUCAUAAUUUUAAAUUAUGUGUUUCCCUACUUAUGAAGGAAACCUAACUGGACUAUGUAUUCUGGGAAAGUUAUAACAUUAAAAGACAAUAAAUACGAUAUUUAACAUCUCUAUUUAAAUCUUGAGUUACAUGCAGCCUAUACAGUUCCUGUGCUGCAUAUUAAAUUUUAUAUAUAAUGAAUAAUACCGUUUUUUUACAAUAUUUGAUUGCUUAAUAUACUGUGCUAAGUACUUCAUAUACAUUAGCUUUUUUAUUCUUCAUAAAAUUCCCAUGAGGUAAAGGUAUUGUUAUACAGUUGACCCUUGAACAAUGUGAGGGUUAGGGGGGCUGACCCCCCUGUACAGUUGAAAAUCCAUGUAUAAAUUUUGACUCCCCUAAAAGUUAAUUACUAAUAGCCUGCUGUUGGCCAGAAGCCUUCCUGAGAACAUAAACAGUCAAUUAACCCAUAUUUUGCAUGUUAUAUAUAUUAUAUACUGUAUUUAUAUACUGUAUUCUUAUAAUAAAGUAAGCUAAAGAAAAGAAAAUGUUAUUGAGAAACUCAUAAGGAAGACAAUACACAUUUACAGUACUAUAUUGUGUUUAUGUUUUUAAAUUUAAAAAUCCAUGUUUAAGUGGACCCAUGCAGUUCAAACCCAUGUUGUUCAAGGAUCAACUGUAAUUCCCUUUUUUCAGAAUAAGGAACUAUGACUCAGAAAAGUUAUAUAUGCUGUACUAUCUUCCACUUUGGCAAUGCCAUCUGAAUUUCUUUGUCAUGAAUGUGUUUUAUGUAGCUCUCUAUUAAAUUUUAUUUUUGAUAGGUGCAUUUUUAGAAUAGGCAGGUUACAUGUAGCGGAAGUACAUGAACUUUGUGGUCAAGUGUAAAUUCUGUCCUUAUAGCCAACCAGGUAUAUGACCUUGCGUCUCUUUUUCCUUAAGAAGAAUAUAAGAACACCUGUGUCCUAUUGGGAAAAUUCAUAGGACAUUUGUAAAGAUUCUGGCCAUAGCCCAGGUAUACAACAAGGACUCAUUAAAUGUUAGUUCUUUCCCUGUUACUGUUACUUUAUUUCAAUGAUGAUGAUGAUGAUGCAGCAAUAGCUUUUACUAUAUCAAAGUUUUGGUACACAACAAGGACUCAUUAAAUGUUCUCUCCUUGUUACUUUAUUUCAAUAAUAAUGAUGAUGAUGAUGAUGAUGAUGCAAUAGCUUUUACUGUAUCCCAAAGUUUUUGUUUUCUAUAUAUUUUAUGUUUAUAUACCUUUGGAGACUGGCUAUAGUAUUGUCCUCAUUUUAUAAUUGAGGACACAGACUUUGAGAAGUGGUAGAUCCUAUGUUGGAAGCCAGGCAGUCUAAUGCCAGAGCUUGUAUUCUUAACUAAUAUGUAAUUUUCUUGGAAGACAUGUUCCAUUAACAAUAGAUUACAUUCUGAUAUUUUAAGCAACAGUUUAAAUCUCAGAAAUCGUCAUCCCACCCCCUCCUACACCAUCCAUUUCUUCCAGUUUCAGAUUGUGACAGUAUGACAAUUUCUUUCCUGAUCCUCAUUUGAUUCCUACGGUAAGUUUGUUACAUUAGAUAUGUAGAGACCUUUCUGAUUGUAAAAUCUGUGAUCGUAUAUUGUUUGGUUACAUUUGCAGUAUUCUGAGGCAGCUCUGAUAGUCCCUUAAGGGAAAGGGAUUCAUCACUGAUUUUGAUAAGGAAUAUGUUGACUUCUUGACUGAACUGAAAUUAGCCAUUUCAUGGGAGUUUUGGUGGGGACUACAGAACAGGAAUUAACUCCUUGAGCUGCUUCACUCCUUAAAAAGAGGAACCUCAAAAUAGUUCUGCCCAAACAGAUUUGACUUUAGGGAUGUUUGUUUUUGCAUAUAAAUACAUUUCACUCAGUCUUCAGAAGGUACUCUGUCUUCAAAAAUGGAGCUUGUUUUGUUUGCGAGGGGAGCAGACCACUCUCCGGAGUAUGUUAGACUGGCUGUUUACAUUUGGUUUUAACUGUCUUGAUCUGUCCCUGUCUCUCCUUCACUCUUUUUACCCCUCUCUCUGUUUCAGUUUGUCUUCUGUUUCUCUUUCUCCUGCCUAGCUUCUAUCUUCCUAUUUUGAUAAUUCUGCUUUAUUUCUGUAAGUGAAAGACUCUCCCAGGAUGCUGAAUAUGCCUUUAUUUUUACAGCACUCCUUAUAUGCACAGAAGAUUUUAGCUUGGCUGUAAAGCUUGCUCUUGGCAUAAAUUUGGCAGAUAGUUUUUAGCCUGGGUGAGACUUUUUAUUGGGAUCAUGAAAGUGUUGGGCCGUCACUGCCCUCCACUUUUCCUUCUUGAAGUAUGACAUUAGUGGUUUUAGCUCUUGUUGACCCUUCUUUUUAAACCAAAGCUUUAUAGCUUAUUAGUGCAUAGUGUGGAUUUUUCUUAUGAUAUGUUGGAGGGAAAGAAAAAAACUCCUCUAAAGUUACAAAUGGUUUCACUUACCAAAAUGAUUAUUUCUCUUGGAAAGUUCUGUCUUUUCUUUAAAAUUUCCGGGAGUUGGGUGGGCUCGAUGUCCUCUCUCCCACUCUUUCUCUACCCACACUCUCACACUGGCAGAAAUGCUGAGAGCUUUAAGCAUAAUUCCAGGCUUCUAGGAGGCAAAUCAUUGACCAAGGAAUAACCAAGAUACGCUUAUCUGCUGUUAUUUUUAAAGAAAGUUUUUCAGUCAAAAUGGAAGUAAGGACAGGAUGCUGCAGGCUUGUUUUUGACUGUUUGUUUCACUUAUGGAACAUAGAACAGAUGCUUUAGAACAUCAGUAAUGAGUAUUUCAGGCACCGUUGGGGAAUUGAAAUCUAUGCUUUUCAAAUCUGCAAUUAAUCUCAUACUUCGUCAUUUAUUGGAUCAAAUAGUUUCAUUUGCUUAGGAUCCAGGUCAGCGCCUUGAGCUCCAAAUCAGGUAUUAUUUGUACCUUUGUGAGAGAUUCUCUGCUUUGCCCCUAUCUGUUUCUGCUUCAUUUAAGCGUCUUCAUUUUUCCAAGGCUUUAAUGAAAUAAAAAUUAUUUGCCCUCUCCCUAAAAAUAAUACUUAAAAAACUUUUAUCUUACAUUUUGCUUAUCAGAGUAACUUUGCUCAGCCUUGGAACAGAGCACUCUUAAUGUGAGCCCGAUAGAUCUAAGCUUCUGAUGGGUCCACAAGAAACCACUGAAGAAAUUUAAGGAUUUCCUGGCCAAAGCAAGGCGUGUCCUUCAGUAGGGUUUCAGAUUAUAACAUAAACCUAGAUACAUCUGAAAAGAAGAAAAAAUGUGAUUUUUUUUAUCACCAUAAACUGUAUAAAUACAUACUUCAGGUAACCUCCAUAGGUUGCCUCCCUGCUCUUGGCUCAGCAGUGGAUUUUAAUGGAGCCACUUCUGCACCUCUGCUCUUUCAUCCCUCCCUUUUUAUGAGAAUAAAAAGUAAAUUGGGUGCUAUUUAAAUAUUCUCAACUUACAUUUAUUGAAAACUACCCUGCCGUGGGGCAUAGCACUUUGAAAAACUGCCUUGCUUUAGCCCAGUUUUCCACCCAGGUGGUUUACCCCAAAACCUGGACUUUGCUUUACUCAGACUUUUAAUUUCUUUAAACUAAAUAGAAGGAACCCAGUUUCAUUUGUGAGGUUUUUCAAUAAAAGUUAAGUGGAGUGUGGCUAGGAAACCAGACCUGUGAAAAGCCAUGACUCUGCUGACACUAGAGGAAAAGCUACAGAAUUCUUAUACUGCUUUUGCUUUCAGUGUUCAGGAGAAAAGAGGAAAUGAGGAAGGUGGAAGAGCUUUAGUGCUGGUACAUUUUAGGAAAGCAGGGGAGCAAGGAAAGUUUGUUGGGGUUCAUGUGUCACUUACUGGUGCUUUAUUUGAAAGUCUCCCCUACUUGUAGGUCUAUGUUCUUUCUAGAAAACUUGUCAAGUACAAAAAAUUAUAAAGAAUAAAAUUUAAAGACUGAUUUCAUUCCACAGGUAUAAUUAGUCUUAACAUUUUGGCAUAUAACUUUUUAGUGCCUUUUUAUUUAUAAAAUAUUAGAAAAUUGGCAAUACAUUAAACGAUAUUUUGUAACUUGCCUCAUUUACCAUCAGCAGAUUUCUUUUAAGUAAUUAAAUAUUUUUUAAAACAUAGACAAGUUUUGAUGUGUAGCUAUUUUGCGAGAGGGAGAGAGAGAGUGAGAGAAUCCCAAGCAGGCUACAUGCUAUCAGUACACAGCCCAAGAUGGGGCAAGAUCAUAACCCAAGCUGAAAUCAAGAGUCAGAUGUUUAACCAACUGAGCCACCCAGGCACCCCUCAAAACAUAGAUAAUUUAAUAGUUAUAUUCUUUGAAUCAUUUGUCUAAUCUUCUGUCAUUAAAUUUUUUGGUUUUUAAUUUUUUACCAUGCUAAUUAAGAAUAAAUAAAAUUCUUAUAUAUAAAUCCUUGGUUUAUAUAUUUCCAAACAUUUAAGGAAGAAUUAAUAUCAAUUCUUCUCAAAUGCUUCCAAAAUAGAAGAGUAAAGAACACCUCCAAACUCGCUUUACAAGGUCAGCAUUACCCUGAUAGCAAAACCAGAUUAAGGACACUAUGAGAAAGGAAAAUUACUGAUCAUUAUUCCUGGUGAACAUAGAUACAGAAAUCCUUAAUAACCUAUUAGCAAACCAAAUUCACCAAUAUGUUAAAAGGAUCAUAUACCAUGAUCACAUGGAAUUUAUUCCAGGGAUGCUUGGAUGGUUUAACAUCCACAAAUCAAUCAAUUGGUGUGGUAUACAGCACAUUAACAAAAUAAAGGAUUAAAAUUAUAUCACCUCAACAGAUUCAGAAAAAGCACUUGACAAAAUACAACUUCCAUUUUUUAUAAAGACUCUCAACAAAGUGGGCAUAAAGGCCAUAUGUGACAAACCCACAGCUAACAUUAUACCCAGUAGUGAAAAGCUUAAAGGUUUUCCUCCAAGGUCAGGAACAACACAAGGAUGCCCACUUCUGUGCUUUGAUUCAACAUAGUAUGGAAGACCUAGCCAGAGCAAUUAGGCAAGAAAAAGAAAUAAAAGUUAUCCAAAUUGGAAAGGAAGAAGUAAAACUAUCACAAUUUGCAUAUGACAGAUGUUAUAUAUAGAAGCCCUAAAGACUUCACCAAAAUACCCCUAGAACUGAUAAAUGAAUUCAGUAAAGUUGCAGGGUACAAAAACAAUAUAUAAAAAUCAGUUGUGUUUCUAUACACUAAUAACAAACUAACAGAAAAAGAAAACAAUCUCAUUUACAAUUGCUUUGGAAAGAAUGAAAUACCCAGGAAUAAAUUUAGUGAGGUGAAAGACCUGUGUAUGGAAACCAUAUGACAUUGAUGAAUGAAAUCAAAGAAGACACAAAUAAAUGGAAAGAUAUUGUGUGCUCAUGGAUUAGAAGAUUUGAUAUUGUUAAAAUGUCCAUUCUACCCAAAACAGUGUACAGAUUCAAUCCAUUCCCUAUCAAACUUUUAAUGGUAUUUUUCACAGAAAUAGAACAAGCAAUCUUAAAAUUUGUAUGGAACCACAAAAGACCCUGAAUAGCCAAAGAAAUCUUGAGAAAGAAGAACAACAUGGAGGCAUCAUGUUUCCUGAUUCCACUCUAUAUUACAAAGCUAUAGUAAUCAAUACAAUAUUGCCAUAAAAAUAGACAUAUAGAUAAAUGAAACAGAAUAGAGAGCCUAAAAACAAACCCACAGAUAUAUGAUCGAUUAAUUUAUGACAAAGGAGCCAAGAAUAUACAAUGGGGAAAUGAUAGUCUCUUUAAAAUUUUUCUUAAAACUUUUAAUUGAUUUAUUAUUUUUUAUUUUUUUAGAGAGAGCAUGUGAGUGAGGGAGAGGGGCAGUGGGAGAGAGAGAAUCUCAAGCAGGCUCCAUGUUCAGCACAGAGCCUGACUCAGGGCUCGAUCCCACGAUCCUAAGGUGACCUGAGCUGAAAUCAAGGGUCAGAUGUUCAGCCACCCAGGCACCCCAGGGUAGUCUCUUCAAUAAAUAGUUUUGGAAAAACUGGAUCACUAUCUUACAACAUACACACAUUUCAACUGAAAAUGGAUUAAAGACUUUAAUGUAAAA